GUCCCUUUUAAUGAUUGAUGGCAAAUAUAUCGGUUUAAUUCUGGCCUUGUGCUCAAGUCUGCUCAUAGGCACAUCCUUUGUUAUAACGAAGAAAGGCCUACAAAAGAGCAAGACUACAAAUGGCCACUCCUCCGAUAGCUACCAAUAUCUCAAAAACCCCGUCUGGUGGGCCGGUAUGAUCACGAUGAUUGCAGGUGAACUCCUCAAUUUUGUCGGCUAUACCUUUGCUCCGGCUAUUCUCAUCACACCGCUUGGAGCUUUGAGUGUCAUCAUAGGUGCAAUUAUGGCUGCCAUAUUUCUCAAGGAGAGGUUGGGCCCAAUAGGAAUAAUCGGAUGUGUAUUAUCACUUAUUGGAGCGGUUAUUAUCGUAUUGCAUGCUCCAGAGGAUCCAGAUGUCCAAAGUGUCCAGGAAUUACUAUCCUACAUGCUGCAGCCUGGCUUUAUUGUGUACGGCGUUCUCGUCGUUAUUGUGGCCAUUCUUAUGAUAUGGCGAGCUGUGCCAAGGUGGGGAAGGACGAAGCCCAUUGUAUAUGUCACGAUUUGCUCUCUCGUCGGAUCGCUUAGCGUUAUGGCCAUCAAAGCGUUUGGUAUAGCUGUUCGUCUCACCAUCAGCGGAACCAACCAGUUCACGCAUCCAUCAACCUACUUCUUCAUGGUGAUGUGUAUUAUAUGCAUUCUUAUUCAACUUAAUUACUUCAACAAGGCCCUCGAUACGUUUUCGACUAAUGUGGUGAACCCAAUAUACUUUGUUUUUUUUACGACGGCAACCUUGGUAGCUUCAGCCAUCAUGUACCAUGGCUGGAACUCCGCAGGCGUUGUGAAUACCAUCAGCUUAGUGUGCGGAUUCCUUAUCAUCUUCAUGGGUGUGUACUUACUUGACUCCAUUGCGCGUGGAGGCACGGCGGCUCAAAACGAAAUGGCCAUGAAAGGUCCACGCCAGCGCCAAUCUUUUUCUGUCAGUCAGGAGGAGCUUGCAAUCAAGUCACCCGACGAGAAAUCAGGACGAGCAUUCGAAGUUGGUUCAACAUCGAAUCUUGUGAAGCGCAGCCGAGCGGCUUCUAUAUAGCCCAACCGACCUCAACCCCUCCUAUUAUAUUAGUCAUCAGGAGGGUUCUGUAUGAUACCAUGUAUGAAAGACUGUACUAUUGCAACUUAAAAUAAGUUAGACA